AAGAUCCUCUGUGGUUCGUUCUUCUCCCUCCUCCCUCCAACAAGGUGCCGAUCAAUACAAUGAGGGUAAAGCUCCACACAACACAGAGUGGACAGAGACGAGUGCUGAUCUCCUGCAACCAUGACGAUUCAAGCCUUGUUUUUUAUAGUUGUUUUUACAGGGGUUGGUACAUCAAAUCCAGACUUUCAUGAUCCUCAAGAUAGGCAGCUUGUAUCUAAUUGGACGACUGAAUUUUCAUCAGAUAACUUUGGCACAAUUGAGCCUGAUUAUCCUAACCUAGGCAUGGCCCCCCUUCCACCAGAAGCCAUUGACCCGUUGGAAAUCAGGCCUGAACAUUUCAACCGAAUUUUUAAACCUUUUCAAGGCGCUAAAGUUGAUGCUUCAUACGAAUGCAGUUAUCAGUCUGUUUUAAACAAGUUGGAUCUCAAGAAAAACACUGACAAGUACGUUACAACCCGCCCUGUUGCAGACCACCGGCAUUUGACAUGGGUUUUUAUUGAAAUGAGGAUAUAUGCCAUUCUGGAUGUGAGAGAAGCUGACCAGAUGUUUAUUUCUUACAUUUGGGUUUAUUUGAGAUGGGAUAAUGAGCACAUUCAGUGGGAUCCUGAUGAGUUUUGUGGACAGAAGCAUAUUUUAAUUCCCACAAAAUAUCUAUGGAUGCCAGAUCUGACAAUUGAAGAGAUGACAGAGCAGGAUAAAGCCACACCAAGUCCUCAUCUCAAUGUCGGAAAUUAUGGUUGGGUUGAAUUCAGGAAUGACCAAGUGGUGGUCAGCACAUGCAAGAUGGAAGUUUACAGAUUUCCAUUUGACAUUCAGAGCUGCAACAUCUCCUUCAAAUCUAUCAUGCAUUCUGAUGAUAAACUAAGGUUGUUCUACCAUUCCAACAACUCAGAGCUUACAGAGCAGUCUCGUCAAACAAUCCAGACGCAAUAUGAAUGGAUUUUUCUCAAUAUGACAGUACAGGAAAAAACUGUCAAUCAUUUUGGCUUCAACCAAACGGUGAUUGUUUACACUAUCACCAUGAAGAGAAGGUCAGUCCUUUAUAUCGCAAACUUCCUGCUGCCCGUUCUCUUCUUCUUGUGUCUGGACUUUGCCUCCUUCCUCAUGUCAGACACUGGGGGUGAGAAGGUUGGCUUCAAGGUCACAGUCCUACUUGCUGUGACUGUGAUGCAGCUUAUUCUCAAUGACAUUCUGCCCCCUUCCUCAGACAAAAUUCCUCUUAUAGCGAUCUACUGCAUUGGGAUCUUUACUUUGAUGCUACUAAGCCUCCUGGAAACCAUUUUAGUGAUGUAUUUGAUAGACAAAGACCAGAAACUGAAUGAGAAUCCAGAAGAUAAACACAGUCCACUCCCAUGCUGUUGUACUGAAAUUAAGAAAUGGAUUCGCUGUGCAUCUGCUGCCAAAGAAGAUGAGUCUUUUCCUAAAGAGGGCUGCAGCAGUCCCCACACUGAUGUGUCUCUUGUCAUGGAAAAAGUCUAUGAGGAGCUUAGUGAAAUGAAGAAAUCUAAAUAUCUGCUGAGCAGCAGGACAGAAGAUGAGAAGCCUGGCUACUGGACCAGAGUGGCUGAAAAAAUCAACAAAGUCUUUGCUGUUUUUUACAUUAUAGCGGUUCUUCUGUUUUUGAGUGUCCUUUUUACUGUGUGGAAUAUUGAUGGUACUUAAUAAUGAAAGAAGAGAAGGAAACACAAGUCACACUUCAAUAGGGAAAUAUUGCAUGUGUACCAAUACAGAAUGAUAAAAUCCAUUAUAUCUUUCUAAAAAGACUAAGUCUAAAUUGUGAAGAUUAUGAAAUUUCAGGUUGAAUUUAUUGGUUUUGAUCAUGUUCUGUUUUGAACAUCCACAGCUGUUUUUAUUUCUGUUAAUUGUCCUCAGUUAUCGAUUUAUGUGCCUGUUUUUCAGCUGGUAUUUGACCGGUCAUCUGUUUUGUCAUCCUUCAAUUACUUCCUUUGUCCGUGUUUAACUUUAAGUUUCUGUCAUGGGGUAUUUCACUUUUGUUACGUUUCUUAUUUUAACUUCAAGUGUUUUUUCCCCAAAAGCUUAUUUCUAGUGUUGUAAUUGUACAGUUGUUUUCUAAGGGUGUAUUCAGUGAACCAGAGUUCGUUUCUCCCGAUAAUCCAGAACAAAUUUUCAGUCUGAAUUCACCCAAGUGAACUCUGGUCCGGGACCAGGAACCACUCUCAGCUCCAUCUUUUUAGUUGGUCUUAGCUUGUUUCCAAUCAGACUGAGCUCUGAGACUCCUCAGUCUGAAUACAAUCUGUCCUCAGAGCGGAACCACUGGUCCAAAACGGCUGCCUUAGCUGGUGAUCUUGUGAUUGAAACAUCGUCUGAAUGUAGCAACCGAUGAGCCGCGGACAAAUGUAGAGCAACGAUUGUCGUUUUAAUGAAAGAGGAAAAAAGGCUACAACUCCUGACUAGUGUCGUUUACUUUAACACAGUUGAAAUGUUUUUAUUUUCAUGCUUUUUCUGUGUCUCGUUACGCAGCAUGCUCUGCUGUGAUGAAAUCCUAGAAGCUAUCUUGUAGUUCCUAAACAUGAUUCUCUUAAAACAAUGCCAAAACAACACAACGAUGAGACACAAACACUCAUUGAAAUUUGAUCGGAUGAAUACAGGCUCAUUCAAACAACUUUUAACGUGACACAUUGCUUCUUACUGCUUUCCCCACAAUCUAUAUGUCAUAAACACUUAUCAGUCUACCUUGUUAGACGUCUUCUUGCCAGUAACCUCCUUGCAGCAUGCCUCCACCAGACCACAGCAGCAGUAAAAAGUUUUGUGCCUGAUGUUAACACAGGUAUUUAAAAUUCGUCAGCAAAAUAUAAAGUUUGAAUAAACUACCCUGAGAAAGACUGGAAAGCGCAGGAUGUCCAUAAUUUCUCUCUGUAGUUGCUUUGCUCCGCCCUUGUAAUUCCCAAUGAUUGAAGAGAUUUUUAUUCAUUUGGUUUUGUUUACAAGCUUUGGUUCAAAUAAAAAAAGGCAGCUUGACGGCAGUCUGAAUAAAGACCAAACGCAAGGUUCAGAGUUCGAUCUAACCAAAUUAAGUGGACUGGGUCCGGAACAAACCAUUUUCCCAGUCUGAAUACACCCUAAAUUAGAUGUUAAACUACCAAAACUGCCCUGCCUAACCUUCAUUAUAUUUGCACAUGACACCCAGUUGGAUGGGACAAUGGCUUAAUAAUUCUCUGCAUGAUUAAUCCAUUAAUCAAAUACAGCAUGCAGUCUAUGUCUGGCUCAAAUUAAGUUGUGAUGUCUGAAAAUAAAGCUGUUUUCCAUCAGUUGAUAUGUUUUUACUGUUGCUUUACAUAUAAUUAAAAUAUUUUUGAAGGGAAUAGCUUAACCUAUUUGAAUACUGCAAGUAUGAUGAAAUCAAGUUUCAAAAACAUUUUGGACUAUUCUAGGUCUUCUGUGAGCCCAGGCCGGUGCAUGGGCCGAGAUACCUGUCAACGGACGUAAGACUUUCAUUGACAGUUACAGGAAUUGUUUGAUUGGAAUGACUACUUCAAAAGGUAUGCAACAAAAUGUUAAUGGUACCAUCAUUUUUGUCCAACCCUUUUUCAUAAUUUUAUUAU